AUGAGCGAGACCGCAAAGGACAGCCGUGUGGUCCUGGCAGAAAUCCACCUGCCCAAAAUUGGGACAAUUGCUGGUAUAAAUGAUGCUGGCUCGUAUCGUCAAGGCCCUAUACCAGGUCUGGGCGGCCCUUUCGAAACAGCUGCUGAGUUUUUCAGGGCAUGGUCUGCUAAAGUUAAAUGUAGUCUAUCGCAGGAUCAACUGAAAGAAGCCGCCGGCUCAUUCGCCAAUGAACUAUCAGCCUCCGCCUCAUGCUUCAAGCAAUUGGUCAACGAUUUAGCAGGAGGAUUAUCCAUCCAUAACGACGGUCCAUUCCCAUUAUGCCACGGUGAUGUCGGUCAUAACAACAUAAUUUUUGACGACAAAUACCGCUUACUUGAUGUUAUUGACUGGGAAGGGGCAUUCGCAGGCCCGUGGGAGAUAUCAGGCGAAUUCCCAUUGACCCUGUCUAUAGUCCCUCCUGUUAUGGAUGUACCAUGGAAUUACGAUGAGAAUGGUCUUCCAAAGGACGCAAAGGAUAGGCAGCGACUUGUGGAUCGGGAGGAGUACAUUGCAAUGGUAGCAGAUGGAGAGAGACGACGGGGACUGGUAGAGGGAUAUAGCUUAUCAUUGGCGUUACGGGAUAGUAAACGGCAGUAUUUAGCAUCUGCCAUGAGACUGUACCAAAGAGAGAGACUAUCGUACACGACCGGAGAACAGGAGUUAAAACGGUUGGCUGUGGGAAUCCGCAUGCGUGAUGCCAAGACAAGAGGGAAUAAAGGUUAUAUUAGUUAA